AGCCGGCCGCAGCUUCCUCUCUUAGUUCUCCCAGCCAUAAUUUUUUUGUUCAUCAAGAGUUAUUCGAUCCUUCCCCUUACAUAGACUUCACCACCGCUUUCUCCAGUGAUUUCCAGAUGUUUUUCCCGGGGCCCCCGCCCGAGCCCCCUGCCGCCGCCGUCUGUCCUCCCUCCUCUUCCUCUGACCAUCAGCAGCUGCCUGCGCAGGCAGCUGCUGAUGGGACUUCUUCUUCAAGCGAGCUUGGAGGAGGAGGAGGAGAAGAGGGAGAGGAGAAGAUUGACAAGAAAAGCCCAGACAUUAUUGUUAAAGAUUCAUGUGGAGCUAGAGAUCAAGUAAAGUCCAAGAAAACAGUGAACAACAACAAUAACAAGGGAAAGAAGAAAGAGGAGAAAAGGCUAAGGGAACCUCGUUACGCCUUCCUUACUAAGAGCGAAAUUGAUAAUCUCGAAGACGGAUUUAGAUGGAGAAAAUAUGGUCAGAAGGCCGUCAAAAAUAGCCCCUUUCCCAGGAGCUAUUACAAAUGCACCAGUCAAAAAUGCACAGUGAAGAAGCGUGUGGAGAGAUCCUACCAAGACCCGACCACCGUCAUCACCACCUACGAAGGACAGCACAACCACCACUACCCUUCCACCCUCCGUGGAUCCACCGCCGCCGCCGCCGCCGCCACAUUCUUGUCCCUCCCCCCGCCGCCCACCUCAGCAGCCCCGCCGCCCCAGUUCCUGCUCCACCCCGCGGACUUCCCUCCUCAUGAUCCUUACAUUAUUAACCACCACCAGGAGGAGGAAGGUCAUCGCGGCGGCGCCGGCGGCGGUAUUAUUAACGGCAUCAACCGCCAAAUGCCACAAACUCCGUUCGAGUUCAGCCUGUUCCAGGAAAUGUCUAACGUGACGGCGUCAUUGCUGCCCAAACAGGAACAUCGUCAACAUCAUCACCAUCCAUGAGAUCAUCGAUUGAGGUGUAAUUUAAUUUAGUUUUUUUUAUUUUUAACUCAAAAUAAAAAAAAUAAAGAAUUGUUGGUGCAUGGUCGUGUUGUAUGUACGAAGAAUCCGAUUCCGAAUAUGUUUCUCUUUUGACUUUUAGAAAAUUUGUAGUAUAAUUUUGUGUUGAUUAUCCAAAAUUUUCUUGAUGUAAUAGAUAAAAGUACGAUGU